AAAUUCAAACACCCACUGCGCAGCUUCCUCAUCUCUGCGCACGGCAUUGUGCGCAUGCGUAAAACGCGCGUGAAGGCCCGACGACUCGACGAGCCGUGAUAUAAAAACGCACUACGAGCCAACACAUCAGUGAUUUCCUUGCCUGAGUUAGUCGUCGUCGUGGUGAUAAUAAACGGUGAUGAGCGGCAGCAGUAGCGCACUCGUAACCAUUAGCCCUGAGUCCCAGGUUAUCGUGUUCUCUGGUAACCUACUGAAAGCACCGCCGCUGAAUCGGAGAGGGAGAAAGAAAUGGCACGAGCGGUAUUUUCUCCUGCGUGCCAACAAGACGAUUGAGAUUCACAAGUCUCGAAGGGCAGCCGAGGCGCAGAAGACACCACGGAGAGUGAUAGACCUCCGAGAGUGCAUCAGUCUGGAGCUGGGUCUGGAGUACAAGAACCUCCAGCACAUCCUGAGUCUCGGGACUUUCAAACGGACCUUCUUCCUGGGUGCUCCGAGUGAUGCUCUCAUGCUCCAGUGGGGAAACGUCCUGGAGAAAGUAAAAGGCGCCGUCAGUGGUGAAACGAUUGAAGUGUUAGACAUAGGUCUGAGAAACACGCGCAACUACAAUGCCGUUCACCGGGUCAAGCCUUCCGAGCCAAGUCGCUCACUGUCGUCUGCCCCGACAUCUCCAAGAAAGAUAUGGGGUCGUCUCUACCAAAGGGGGGCUUCGAAAAGCUCGUACGCAAUUUCACACAUGGGCAAAGACACGCAGAAUGGUGCGUAUGGAAACAGAGGGUCAGGUAACGUUGGCUACACUUCUUACUACACCAGCCCCAACAAUAGAUCAAGUUCGCUGUCAAACCAAGAGGCCUACAGUCCCAACCACACACAGCAAGUGUUGGCCUACGGUCAUCCAAAGAUGGCAGAUACCAGUGUGGAGACGGUGGACCUCAGAGAGAGGGCAGGGAGGCUGAGUCGUGCCAGCAGCAACACAAGUAGUAGUGGGCCUAGUCCAAUGCACCCGCCGCUUUCGGGUGCAAAGAUCCCGCCACCAAACAUCAUGCUGGGCAGGUGGAGAGGACCAUCAAAUGAAGGCUCCCCGAAGCACGGAGAAGAUGUUGAGUUGUGCGAGGAAGAGGACGGACAGGGGUGGAGAAGGUUGAAUGGAGGGGAGCACGGUGCAAGAGGGGACGCCAUGCUGCAUCGCUCCGAGGCAUUUCGCUCCCUGGGCUCCAAACAGGCAACGAAUGGGGACAUGGGAGGGGUGUGGAGAGGGAGAAGAAGGAGCGAAGACAGUAUGAGCCACAGAAGAGUCCAGAAUGACGGUUCUGGUAGCCCUCUCCCAUCUAUACCACUGAAGCAGUCGCGUCACUACCGAAAAAUCGAGCUUCAAGCGGAAAAACCCCUCUUUGGGAUGAGGGAAGACGACGAAGGGAGUUCAGAUGAAGAAAUCGACUCAGUUGUCAGUGAAACAACCGGAAGAAACAACACUGGUGUGGUUCCCGUGACUGCAUUUCCAGGGAAACCCUACCACAUGCUCGGCAAAGAUCACUAUAACCAAACUCCUCUCUCCGUCCCAGCUAGGCUGGAGCCACACGGACGUCGACGUAACUACAGCGGACCACCAAUCUCGGGCAGGAGAAGUGGAGGCUACGGAUAUCCCUCGGGAAGAAACCGAGACCGACUGGAGUUUGGAGGAAGGGGUUACUUUGGUGGGUCGGGUGGAAACGGCUGGGUCGGAAGUGAGUCUAGACAUGGAAACACCAGUCCUUUCGAUGACGAUGGAACGGAACUGCCUCCUCGUCCAAAUUUCAUGAACAGGCCUCGUCCGCAGGCAAGAGAGGUUUCCACACACAAGUUCUAUUCCUUGGAAAGCCUCCAGAGAAGUCUGCAGGAAGAAAAGGCCAACAACUACUGCCAGGUGACUGUGGGAGCCAGGAAUGAUGACUCUGUUUCUGACAUCACUUCCAGCCGAACUGGCAUUUCCAACGCAAAACUCGAAAACAUCCUCGGCAGAUCUUCGACCAGCUCACUAGACUACGACCUCCAUCUCCCCUCUCCUAAUGCGAGCAGCCUCUGUGAAGAAGAAGAAGACAAAGGGGACAUCUGUUUGUCUCCUCCACUGUCUCCACUUCUUGAUGAACCAACUGCAUUGUUUUAUCUGCCAGCUCGAGGCUCAGAGUCGUACCUCUACCGUUCCUCUGGGAGCAUGAGGUCUCCUGUCGAUGAUAUCCUUGCCCCUCCACUCAGCUUUGAGGAAAUUCACGCAACUCCACAGAGCAGUGUUUUGAACGAGACUAUUUCAGAGGAAGGGGAGCCGCCGACAAGCGAAGCAGGGAGGGAGUUGCAGAGAUCAAAGUCGUCCACUGCGGCCAGUGAUCGACACAGCACUGAGUCGGGCUACACCAGCGGGCAAGGACAGAGCCCAGGAGUUAACGACAGAAGGAAUCUCAGUACCGUCGAAGAAUUCAUACCAGCCUCAAAGUGCGAAACUUCUGAAACUCACCCCCAAGGCCCAAACGUGGAAAACGAAAGCAACUCGGGGGAAUCGACGCAAGACGUUCUCUCAGACUCGAGCGUCAGUUCUAUUCGAAACAGUCAGUCUGGGUACAGCAUCCAUAACAGUCAGACGUCCCAUGCCAGCACCGACAGCAUCCGCUGUUAUGUGCCUCUGCUGUUCCAGAAGAGAGGGAAGGCACAGGCAGAGGGCUCUUCUUCCCUGUUCAUAGUCGUCUGUCUCGUUGAGAAUUCAGAGACCUUGAUCAAGGAAUUGUUGUCGCAGAAGGUGGGAGGUGGCUACCAGGCCGUAGAGUGUGAGGGAGAAGUGGGGAGGAACGUGGUGAAUGCUGGAGACGACUUCACGGUUGAGACGGCUCUAGAGGAUCUGGAGUUUGGUUUCUCAAUCACUACCAGCAAGCAAAAGGACGUGUACAUCAACCGAGCCAAGGUCCGAGAAUUCCAGUUCCAGAUAGACAACCUCUUUGGCUGCUUUGGCAAGCCAUUCUCCUGCGAUGUUGAAAUACGUCAUGCUGACCAGCUCACUGUGCUCCCCAUCGAAAUUGAGGCUACAGCGGUGCUAGCUCAGUCUCCCCUGCAGCCGUCCAUUGGCUCACAAGUGGAGGAGAGACUGCGUCGCUCGUCACAGACUGGCAGAAUUCGUUUCUCUGAGUUUUUCAAAGAUUAUGACCCUCUAAAAUCUGGUGUCAUUACAAAAAUGCAGUUCUGUCGGUGUUUGGACCAGCACCUGAGUCUGAGACUGAGUGAAGCUGACUAUGAUUUUCUCGUGGGCAAAUACGGAAACAGAGCGAAAGGCACUGUCAACUACCGUGCCUUCUGUAAGGCAAUGGAGAAUGCAUUUGAUCCAACCAUACUUGAUGGAAAGCCUGAAAAGCAGAUUGAGACGUUUCAGAUGUCUGCUAUGCCUGCUGCGCCUCAGAACCUCCCUACCGGCACAUUUGAGAUUACCAACAAACUCCUUGAAAAUGCUACGAGUACUACAAGUUUCCCCGGGCCUCCAGAUGUGACCUCGGCCGAGGUGGACACGUUGGCACACAGAUACUUUGACCCCACUACUGGCCUCUACAACUACCUCCAGUUUCAUAAUGACAUCCUAACUAUAGGGGCAGGGGGGACGACAGCAACCGUGACACUAACUCCUCAACUACCUUCCAUCCCCAAGGCCCGUGUUUGCAACCUCGACGAGAUAUUUGGGAGAAUCAGAGAUGCAGUCUACAAGAAUGGAAUACGUACCACCGAGUUUUUCAGAGAUCACGAUAAGCUUCGCAGUGGCGUCAUUACAGAAAACCAGUUUAUCUGUGGGUUGUCGCUGUGUUGUGGUCGCACUGCACAUCUUUCAAGAGACGACAUCCAGGCAGUAGUCAACCAUCAUCGUAAUCCCGAUGGGCGCGUUCGCUACAAGGACUUUUGCGAUCUGAUGGAGAAUGCCUACAAUGAGCCGGACCUUGAGAGAAAGCCAACCACCACUGUUUACAGACCGCUCAGAGGACACCUUUCCAGGAGACUGCAUGUCCUGGCCAGUGAGGAGGACGAGAGGAGAGUACAGGGGAUUUUGGCCAGACUCAAGGUUGAAGUCAGUCGCAGGAGACUCCUUCUCUAUCCAUACUUCAGGGACUUUGACAGGGGAAAGGGGUAUACUCGUGGUGUGACUAAGCCACAGUUUGAGCGACUAUUGGGCUUUCUCUCACUUAGCCUCACACCAGAUGAACUGAAGUUGGUGGUGCGGAAGUUUGAAGAUCAAGCGGGUGGCGACGUGAACUAUCCAGCAUUCAUACAGGCCAUUGAUGAGGAGUACACAGGCCAAACUAAGCAGACUGAGCCCGAGGAGCCCUCUGCAGCGGUUGGCUCAUCUGCUACCCCUUCUCCUGAGCCAGUGGACCUCCCUCUCCUCCUCUCUCGUCUCAGAGAUUACGUGAGAGUCAAUCGGAUCAGAGGCUCAGAGUUUUUCCAGGACUCUGACCCACUGCGAAGUGGCUCAAUCGCUGCCUCGCGCUUCAGACAAGGUCUUAGUAGCUUAGGUCAGCCUUCACUGACUGAUGGACAGUUCUCGGGGCUGUGUAGUCGCUAUGCUGAUCCGAAACACAAAGGCAACGUCCUCUGGAAGAAAUUCAUCUCUGACAUUGAGCAAGUGCCCACAGAUGAAGUCCCAUUACCUCAUCCAGGAGCAGUAGACUUUUCUACCACCAUAGGAGAAGGUGAGGGUGAGGUAUUGGAGAAGGCACUACACAGGAUGAGCGAGAGAGUCCAACAGAGGAGGGUGCUCACCAAACCUUGCUUCCAGGACUUUGACAAGCACCACAAUGGAUAUGUGACAUGCAGUCAGUUUAGACAGUGUCUUUCCUAUCUUGGACUGACUGGCAGUGACCAGGAGAUACAACAUAUGGAAAAGAGGUAUGGAGACAGUAAGGGGGUAAACUACCUUCAAUUCUUGGAGCAUCUACAGCCGACAGAGAGACUGGAAGACAAGUACCAGACCAGAAUGGCCCAGCUCUCUACCAGACACACACUAACAACAUCUGGUGCUGCUGUUGUUGUGAAGGUCGAUGCUGAAUCUGUCCUGGAAAAAAUCAAGACAAAAGUAAUGAAGGAACGAGUGCGUGUGCUGGAGUUCAUGAGGGACUAUGACAAACUUCGCUCUGGUCGUAUCCCUGCAACCUCCUUCCGUCGAGCUCUGGACUUGUGCGGCUUCAGCCUCGGACAAGAAGAAGUGACUGCCCUCGAGAAAAUGUAUCAGUCACCCAAAGACCCUAGCCAAGUGGAGUACAUGAGGUUCUCUGACGAGAUAGAGUCGGUCUUCACCAGGAAGGACCUGGAGAAGACGCCCACUGCAGAGGUGGUUCAGUUUGUGCCGCCAGUCGGGGUCAACAUGUAUGUUCUGAGUCCAGAGGAAGAGCAGACACUGCAGAAGACCAUGCACAGACUGGCAGAGAGGGUACGUGUACGUCGUAUUCAGAUAUUCCCUCUCUUUGAAGACUACGACAGAGUCCACAUUGGCAGUGUGACUCGCUCACAGUUCCACCGAGUUCUGAGUGAACUGGAGAUGGGUGGACUGGUGAAUGCCAUGGAGUUUCAAAUCCUCUACCGCAAGUUUGAUGUGAGAGUUGGAGGAAGAAACGACGUCAACUACAUCAGCUUCUGUCAGAUGAUAGAUGACUAUGCACAGACUCGCUGGACCGACCCUGCACUCAAGUGACUCGCAGUUUGUUGCAAAAACUCAUUAGGACUCUGUGCUCAUUAAGGUGUCACAUGUCACAUGCAAUUGAAAGCCAUCUUGUUGUAUCGUAUUGGUUUGUGGGGAGAAGAGGUAGCUAUGUAGCAGUAAAUGCAUGCAUCUUGCUCAGAUACAGAUUAUUUCCACCCUACUAUAUACGUGCGUAUACCGUAUUGCUUCUGCUAUACAGUCAGCUCAUCACAGCUUGGUAGCUAGGCUCU